AGCGCACCAAACCUAACCGCAAAGUAGUGUGCACGUCAUUCACACGAUUCACCAUCUCCAUCGCGCGACGUCCCUGCUUGACGUCCUGGCGCGGCACAAAUCCAAAUUCUAAAAUCACCAUGCAGUCACAGCGCGAAUCCACCGAUCGAGGCUUCUCACGAGCUAGAGGAAGCGACCGAGGCGGAGAUGACCGAGGCUCCUGCAUAUUCACAAUGCUCGCACAUGCUCAGCUGCUGCUGCUGAAAGUACCGCAUUUAUCGUUCGUCUAUAGCUCUUUCUGCGCUGCUGCUGCUGCUGCCUCAAGCUUGCUUCGUGUCUCAUUUCAAAGCCCCAAGACAGGAGGUCGAGAAGAGCGAGACAUGCUUGCCCCUCAUAUGCUGCAUGAUCCUCCAUAUGCGAUGUGGAUCGCAUCUGCAAGUGUCUCAGAGUCCCAUUCGUGUUCGUCGUUGCAGGCCUCCCUUCCACGCUCAUCAAUUUACAUCACUUCCGCCACAUAACGUUGCCUGCUUGCACACCCCAAAUCAAGGCUCAUACAAUCUCCAGCCACCGCAAAUAUGGUUGCCGCCUCCGCCUCCGAGGAGCUCGAUGUGGUCAUCAUUGGUGCUGGUAUCUCCGGCAUCAAUGCAUCCUACAGAGUGA